CCGAUCUACAGAGUCAGGCAGCUGUCCUCUUCCAGACAUCUGUCUCUCUCUCGCUGCCUCUCCAUGGGAUGUCCCUGUCACUUAAACUCUGAAUUUGUCGUUCUUGGAAACGGAAUUUUUCCACACUGAGUUAAAUUGAGAGCCUCUUCUAGAAGGUGCCCCGCCCCCGGCCAUCCCCCCGCCCCCCGUUCCCGCCUUUCGCACCCGAGUCACCCAGGUAUGUGAGCUCCCGCUGGCCCAGAAGUGAAAGCAUGAGCAGAGAGAUGAGCAGCUCCGGCGCCGGUGGCGGUGGCAGCCCCAGCAGGCAUAGCGACGUGCCGUGUGACCUCUUCAGGGAGCUGUGGAUGCGCUUAAAGGAGAGCCAUGAUGGCGAGGUGCAAGGACUUCAAGCAAAAAUAAACAAGCUGAAAAAGGACCGAUGUUUAGAUGCCCAGCGUCUGGAGGAGUUCUACAGCAAGAACCACCAGCUGCGGGAGCAUCAGAAAGCCCUGCAGGAGAACGUAAAAGUGCUGGAGGACAGACUGAGAGCGGGGCUCUGCGACCGCUGUGCCGUGACUGAGGAGCACAUGAGAAAGAAGCAGGUGGAGUUCGAGAAGGUCAGGCAGCAGAACCUGCGGCUCAUCACCGAACUCAUGAACGAGAGAAACAAGCUCCAGGAUGAGAACCGCAAGCUGGUCCAGCAGCUGGAACGCCUGCGGAGCACGGGGUGCGAGAGAGCCCAGGCAGAGCCGGAGGAGGGCGUGAUCCCGGACUCCCCUCACCAUCAGCCCGUCGUGCCCACCAUGAACAGGAUGCGGCGCAGGAAGGAAAAUCGGCACGUGCGCUACGCUGAGAACCCGGAGCUUGGCAGGGGCUUCUCCUCCCAGAUGCCCUCCUCCUGCGGCCUUGCCGACGGUGUGCUGGUGCCGGAAACCUGCGCCAUGGAUGAUUCCCCGCUUAAGAACAGGUGUGUAUCCCACGGCGACGGGCCAGGCGUCACCAUGGUGGCUGAGACAUGCCGCCUGGACGUCCCUGACGAUGCAGAAUCACUGGAGAACAUCAGCACCAAAGAGUACUUCGUGAAGAAAAACGAGAACGGCUCCAGGCAGGCUUCGACAUCUCCGGACUCUUCCAGCGGUCUGGAACGGGCCCAGAACAAUUCUCCAGUGCUUGAGAGGUCAAUGAAGUUCCUGAAGACCAAAGAUGACAGCUCUCCGUCAAUUCUGAGAACCUAUAAGCUGUGCCCUAUGGAGCGAAACUCGCAGGUCAACUCACGCAACGCGCCCUUCAGAAUCGGGACCCCCAGCAGGGUCUCUUCACCAAACAAGGAGUCCGGACUGACCUCGGGUCAGAACCAGGUUGUGGCCAGGCUGUUAGGGUUCGACUCCAAGAGAAGAAAGAUAGCCCAUAAGAACAGGGCUGAUGGUGUUCCUGACAAGCCCCUCGAUCUGUCAGACCGGCCUUCCAGCAGCUGCCAGCUGGGAAAGGAGACUGAGGCCAAGGAUGUUCUCAUGGCAGGCCAAGAGAAGCCUUCUGUGACCCAGCCAAAGGGCCUUAAUGCCAUCCGGGGGCCUGAGCAUCCAGAGGACCAGGAGAACACCAUCAACAGGUCCCCAGACCAGAAUCUACACUCCGGGCCCUUCAAAGUGCCCUCCGCCCCCCCCUUCAUCAGAACUAUUAUCCAGCACUUAUUAGAUGUCAAGACCCCCGAGGAGCCAAUCAGAAAGAAGACUUGCGUCAGCGUGGAUUCUGAGAAAAUGUCUGUGCUGCAGCCCAACCCAUGUGCGCGGAGGAAGAGCCCUUCACGGGAACCUGACGAAAAGUCAUCCAAGGCGGUUGACCAGACGUGGAGCCUGGACCCGGGGGCAGCCCUGUCUCAGUACGCCAUGGACACCCCCACUCACGCCACGGUGGAUCCUCCAAGAUUGGAGGGUGAGACGGUCGACACAGACUGCACCUUUGUAAGCCACAGUAUGCUCCUGAAGGGCCUGAAUCCGGAUGAGGACCACCCCUGCACCGGAAUUGGCCAGAAAGCCAAUGACAGCUUGGAGCAGCUAUUUGACAAGACGGCGUAUGGGGAAUACGAGUCAUGCCAUCAGGAGGAUGGGGAGCGGCCACAGCCAGAGGAAGAGGAGGAGGCCGAGGAAGGGCCUGUGGACGAUCUGCCUGCUUGCACUACAGAGGAGGAGGAAAAAGUGAAAACCGCUGGAAAUCACGGCACCAGGACCAAUGCAUCUUUUGCUCACGUGGAGGUGGUACGGAAGAAGGAUGAGAGGAGGAAAUUAAAAGGGCACACGUGCAAAGAGUGCGAAAUCUAUUAUGCAGACCUGCCGGAGGAGGAGAGGCAGAAGAAGCUGUCGGCCUGCUCCCGGCACCGUUUCCGGUACAUCCCCCCCUCUACACCAGAGAAUUUCUGGGAGGUGGGCUUCCCUUCGACACAAACCUGCGUUGAGCGAGGGUAUAUCAGAGAAGACAAUGAGCCGGAGCAGCGAAUGAGAAGGAGACGACCAUACAAUGCAACCUUCUCCCCCAAAGGAAAUAAGCAGGAGACGUAGCUGUCAGCAGGCGGACAAAACCCGAAAGCACAUCGCUUGUGGUAGUGAAACCCGGGGCGCUGAACCAAACCACUGAAGUUUAGACUGGAUACACAUUCUGCUACCUUCAUUUCAGACUUGCGGUGGUGUACAACGAAAAAUAAGACUUGCACUCUGUGAGAGCGAAUGGAUACAGUGAAUCAUUUCAAAACAAGAUGGCAGUAUUACUUUGUGGGCCAUGCUUUGCAUUAAGAUUGGUGUCUUUAAAACUCUUGAUUGAAAAUUCAACAAACGUUGCUCCGGUAGAGCAGUGCAAAUGACAGUGACUGUAUGCCAGAAAAGUCUAUCAGUGUCCUCAUGUUUUUACUUUCCAGUAUGUGUCCCUGCUUUUUGACUGUAAUUGCUGAUUUGUUUUAUGUGUCAGUUCACGUAAAACUGUAGAUAAACAGUAGAUUACCAUUUAAGAAUUUUGAAAUAAAAGAAUCACAAUACCAAUUUCA